UUCCUAACACCACAUCCUCUGCCGUAAGAAGAUAACGAGACAAAAACCCUAGAUAACCCCUUUUCUUCUACUACCUCUCAAUAUGGCGAAAAAGAAAAUCUCUCAUUCUGCCAAUUCUCAAGAAUCCAAACACUCCCAAAACGAAACACAAACCAUGUCAAUGCCUACCCUAACCGAUGAUUCCUAUCUUCAACAGAUUCAGAGCCUCAGAAACCUCAAUGCCAAACUUCUUAAGGAGACCGCCGAGCGCCGCCAACAGAUUGACUCCCUCCAGUCGGAGUUACACCACUCUGCCGUCUCCAACAACGACAUGCUCGCUGCCUUCCACAUAGAAAAGGUAGUCACUUCGGUUGUCGUGGACAGCCACGUCAAGGGGAUGAAUCUCUUAUUCGACACACUCCUUGGAGAGAAGGAUCGCGAGGUUGAACGUCUCCAACGUGAACGGAAAAGCCUCGAUUUGCGGUUCCAGAACGAGACGAAGCUGGUUGAGGAGAGUUUAAAGAGGGAGGGGAAGCUUCGAGAAGAAGUGGAGAAGCUUAGGUUGGAAGGUGAAAAUGUUUUGUUGCAGAAACAGAGAGACGUCUCGGAGUUGAAAAUGGAGCGAGAUUCGGCGCUGAAGAGCUCUCGAGAAUCGUUUGAGGCUGUUGAAACGUUGAAGGAAGAGAUUGAAGCGUUGAGAAGAGGGAAGGAUGAGUUUGUGAAGAGGGAGGGGAAGCUUCGAGAAGAAGCGGAGAAGCUUAGGUUGGAAGGUGAAAAUCUGUUGUUGCAGAAACAGAGAGACAUCUCGGAGUUGAAAAUGGAGCGAGAUUCGGCGCUGAAGAGCUCUCGAGAAUCGUUUGAUGCUGUUGAAACGUUGAAGGAAGAGAUUGAAGCGUUGAGAAUAGGGAAGGAUGAGUUUGUGAAGAUAAGCAAAAAUCAGAAGCAGAAAAUAGGUGAUCUUGAAGAGGAGUUGAUACGAGUCAACGACUCUUGGAAGAUGCAAGAGGAGUGCAUGCGUGUCAGGCUUGACAAUGCGGACGAUAAACUUGGUCUUGCGACGCAGAAGGUGGAGGAGAUGACGAGGGAGAUCAGUUCCUUGAUCAAGGAGAAGAAAAAGAUAGAAAAGGUUGUUGAGACGUUGACGGAGGAGAAUGCUGGAGUUCGUAAGAGUUUGAAUGUGGCUAUCAAUGAGUUGGGGGAUAAGCAGCAUGAGAUUGAUGAAGCUAUUAGAGUCAAAGGUGAAACAGAGGAGGUGAAGGUUAAUCUAGAAAGUGAAAUUGUUGAUCUGAGAGUAAAAAUCAAAGAAUUGGAGCAGUCUUACAGGAAGUUUGAAGAGGAAAACUCUCAGUUGCUUUCAGAAGUUGACAAUUAUAAAAGUACUGUGGAAGAGGUGGAAGUUGAGAAGAAAAACAUGAAGAAAGAGUUUGAGGAGGAGAAGAAGAAAGUGGAGAAGUUGGAGCUGCUAACUGCAAAAUUGCAGGAAACUGUUGUGAAGAGAGACGCUGAUUUGGGACAAAUGAGAAGUGAUAGAGAUAAGCUGAGUGAGAAUGGAAAGAAGCUGGAGGGUAAUAUGAGUGUUUUGAGAAAGGAAAAUGAGGCAUUACAGAGUAAGCUUUUGGAAGCCAGAAAGGAAGUUGAGGAUUUGAGCGCUAAGAUUGAUGUUUGGUGCAAAAAUUGGAACAAGGCCCUUGCACUGUUGAAACAUACGGCUACACUUGUGUCUCAACAGAAGGAUAUUGAAGAGGAGGUGAUCCGAAAUGGUAAGAAUGUUGAAGAAAUGGAAGAAAUAGCUGUUGAAGAAGUGGAAAAAAUAAAGAAGGCAUUUGAAAGCAAAGAGGAGAUGCUGGAUGAAAUGAAGCAGAAAGUGGUUUCAUUGAACAAGUCUGUGGUGGAUGCUCACAAAAGUAAGAACAUCUGGACUGUGUUAUCCUCUGCCACUACAAUUUUUGCUGCUGCCUUAGUUGCUUAUGUUGCUAGAGGACGUUGAAGCAUUAUCCUGUUAACUUAGAUGAAUAACUUUAUAUCUUAACAUUUUGUAAUAUGAUCAAGAUGGUUUAGUAGGUAUCUUUUGGCUUAUAAAAUUUUAUCCUUAUUAUAUAGUA